AUGUCCAUACGGUACGACUCUACUGAGCGUCGUCUAAGACAUGUCACAGGAAUCUAUUUGAGAAACCUAUCCACAGACUCAUCAAUUGAUGGCCAACAACGAAGAAAAUCGUCAACUACAACACCAACCACCCCAACAAAGGCAAGCAGAAACACAAAAGAACAGAUCAUAGGGUUCGAAACACCAUUAGAAAGACAACUUCAUCUUCAAAAGCUUAAUAAUGAAAAAUUCCUUAAUGUAUUUUGUUCAUUGCAUUUCCUCAAUGACAAAGAUGAAAACCAAUGCUUUUAUGUCAGUGAAGUUAGAGACAGGUCAUUGAAUGCUGAUUUUCAAGAGUUUAGUUUAUCAUCUUUGAAAAAUUCCAAAGAUCAACAAUUUACAUUGAAAGUUUGGUCCAGUAAUUACAGGAAUCCAGAUUCAUGGAAACUACUUAUAGACAUUGAUGCAAGACUCCCCAAUUUGCUGUACAUAAACAAAACUAUGGAUUUGAUCAACAUAGACACAAAAAAUAGCAUAUUUAUUUCCCUAUAUGAUGGUGUUUAUUUGCUACCCAAUGAAGAAUUCAACCUGAAUGAAUAUCUCCACCUUGCAUCAAACUCAACACAGCUAGGUAAUGAAUCAAAGCUGAAAGUUGUAUCAUUCACUUAUGAUUUGGUGUUAAAAUUAUCAAAGCAGAUAGAAGAAACAUUAGAAGACUCACAAAGCAUAGAUACAUUUAAAAUUGAAAAAAUUAAAGCUGCUAUAGAGAAACAAAAAGAACUCAAUAAACAGAGGAGACAAAAGUUGGAAGAAUUAAAAAAGGAGAAGGCUAAAAAAUUGAAAGAAAUAGAAAAAAGGCAAUCUCGAAGCACUAUAUCCUCAGAAGAGUUUAUCAAGAUGAAGGAAGAAUUUAGUUCAUCAUUGAUCAAGCAUGAGAAUGUCUUGCAAGAAUUAUUAAUUGAACGAGCAAAAGUUACUAAAAUAGUUGCAAAGAUCUUUCCUAGAGACGAUAUUCGUGAAUGGCUAAAUGUUCGAGAUUUUGAAAUUCUACCUGAACAAUUAAGUCAAAAUGAGUUGACAAAACUAAUCAAUACAAAUGAUAAAGUUGUUAUUGAGCAGAUAAAUGCAAGUUUUGGAUAUUUGUGCCAAAUUGUUUAUUUGUUAUCUCAUUAUUUGGCAAUCCCAUUAAAGUAUCAAGUUCAACCAUUUGGAAGUACAUCAUACAUCAUUGACAAGAUUAAUUUCAGUAUGGGGUCAUGUUAUUGA